CUGCCAGACCUGCCAUGGGCAUAAACUGUGAUUCGGGAUUCAGUCUGCAGUGAACGGCCAAGGGCCUCGAACGUGAAUAUAAAGGCAGGAAUCUCGCGAAGGCUAGUGAACAUUCUCUCGUAUUCGCACUAAUUCCCCAGAAUCUGCGAAAAGUCAGAUUAAGCUUACCAUGAAUCGACGCAUCCACCCUCGAUGUCGUUUUCGCGGUUGGGGCAGGCUCCUGAUCAAGAUUCAAUGGGAUCAACCCUACAGUCAUGUCUUGAGUCCCUUGACCGACUCCAUGAUAGAAUAGACUGUGUUUGCAACGAAAUGCUGUGGCUCCGUGCCCGCAUUGCAGUUGUCAGCUGCCAGUUAGGAGUCACCGUGGGGGAUCAGGGCACAUGUCAUAGCAGUGCUGACAUGCAAACAAUUUUUGAUGAUGAGCCUCAGAUGGUCACGUUCAACCAGCUCAUUGGUAUUUCACUGUUAUCAACUCUGCUCGACCUCUUCCUCUUAGCUUUCGGACCAAGAGUACAGUCCUUUAGGAGCUAUGAGAUCGCAGUCAAAGGGAACAGAUCCUGCUGUCGGUCAACUUUCACAAGACGUGUUGCCCUCUGGUUUCAUCGGCGUGCACAACCCUUCCCGCCUCAGCAUAGCAAGUACCCUGGGGGCAGACCUUGCUUGACUCCUCAGAACCGCUCCAUCCCAAAGCGCAGGGCAGCCAAGACAAAGCAAUGUGCACCCGGAUGCUCAAGACUUGUCAAAAAGGAGAACCGCACUUGCCACGUAAACGAGAUACAUCGGCGGAAAGUUAAGGCUGUUUGCGCUGACUGUGGAAAGGGAUUUACGCGCUCGUAUAUGAAGAAGGACCAUAUCUGUCGGGCUAAAUGUAAAUGUUCUUAGAUUUUGUUUUCAAACGCACCCUGAUUCCAUCGCUUCAAUUGUAUAAAUCUUUCGUAGCCAUUCUAUAGGGCAAGAGAUACUCUCUAGGAGUGCCAAUGUUCUCUUACUACGAGGCCACCUGAACACAUUGACAAUCUCAACGCCCUGCCACAAGGCCCACACGCCA